AUGGGGUGGCUACUACUUUGCCACACCGGGUGUGGAGACUAUUCAAAGGCAUAUGGCGUGUCAAUGCAAGGCCUGUGCACAACAGCGCUCGAUCACUUCAGACAAGGCAUGCUCAAGUUGGAAUCCUCGCCAUAUGCACCACCGCAUGCUCACUUCAAAGACCGGUUCUACCAACUCGCUGUGGACACAGCAGCCAUGCUCGAGGACAACCCGACAACGAGUGCUGGCCGCGGCAGCAAUCCAACCGUAUCCGAACGCAUUGAGCUUGAGUCAUGCGUCAUGACAGACACACAAGAGCUUGGCUGCGUCACCUGCGUCACAGAGUGUCGCAACCCGUGUCGCUUGGCCAUGGCUAUACUCCGCGAGGCACAGCAUGAACGCUUGCUAGGGCGCCGUCCCCCAAGAAUACUGACUGGUGCCGGCGCAGACCGCUUCGCCCACCGCUGCGGCCUCGGCGAUGCGCAUGCGCAAUCGUACCUCCUCACAGGGCGACGGCUCGCUGCGUGCCGCAAGUGGAAGGCCGUGUUACAGCAAGCAGAGAACUUGACAAAGCGCGCAAAGACAGACGCCACCACUACCAGCACCAGCACGUGUGAUGGUGAUGAUCAGGAUUCGGUGCGCGACACCGUUGGACUCGUCGCCGUGCACACAAGCGGUGCCAUUAUUGCAAUUGUGUCGAGCGGCGGCCACAUCCUCAAGGACGACGGGCGUGUUGGUCUGGCAGGCGUGCCAGGAGCAGGCGUUUGGGUUGAUCCACAGAACCACGAGGACGGGACCAUUACGCAAUCAGCAACCAUCACAACAGGCACGGGGGAGGACGUGCUGUCCACGAUGCUGGCGAGGGGGUGCACACGCGACGCCGUGGCGAAGUUUCGUCAAAGGUUCCCUUCCACAGCAUUCGCAGCCCUCUCCCUUACACUGACCGGAACCAAACACAGGGAUGCUGGUGAGGUGCAAUUGACACGCGCGACCAUCGAUGUGUCGCAACAGCAUGCCGGGCUUGUCUUUGGAUACGCAACACACCACGCAGAGCCAGAGACAUUUAUGAAGGUGUCGCCGCAUCAGCAGAUUGCAGUCUCACUUGACGGCCAACGGGAGCAGUAA